GGUUCGCGGGCCCGACUAGAGGGCUACGCGGUGGUGGAGGGCUCGGAAAGAAGUGCGAGUGCCCUUGAGUCGUGCGACUUCGCUCUUUCCGCGCCCCGCCGCGGAGCGACCUCCCUCUUUCCGCGCCCUCAGCGCUGGCGGAGUGGUUAAAGUGAGCAAGCAAUGGCCAGUAAUCACAAACCUUCAGCAGCUCGGCCUGUUUCUCGAGGUGGGAUUGGAUUGACAGGAAGGCCUCCUUCUGGAAUACGGCCCCCAUCAGGAAAUAUUCGAGUGGCAACUGGAAUGCCACCUGGAACAGCAAGACUGGGCUCUCGUGGUGGUCCCAUAGGGACAGUAGGAGUUCUGUCCUCUCAAAUCAGAGUUGCUGAUCGUCCUGUGACACAACAAGGUUUGAGUGGAAUGAAAACUGGGAUGAAAGGUCCCCAGAGGCAAAUUUUAGACAAAUCUUAUUAUCUUGGGCUUCUUCGAAGUAAAAUAAGUGAACUUACAACAGAAAUCAAUAAACUUCAGAAAGAAAUAGAAAUGUACAAUCAAGAGAAUUCAGUAUAUUUGUCAUAUGAAAAGAGAGCUGAGACUUUAGCUGUUGAAAUCAAAGAGUUUCAAGGACAACUAGCAGACUACAACAUGUUGGUAGAUAAACUUAAUACCAAUACUGAAAUGGAAGAAGUAAUGAAUGAUUACAACAUGCUUAAAGCUCAAAAUGAUCGAGAAACACAAAGUAUGGAUAUUAUAUUUACUGAAAGACAAGCGAAGGAAAAACAAAUUAGAAGUGUAGAAGAAGAAACUGAACAGGAAAAACAAGCAGCAGAGGGCAUUAUCAAAAAUAUGCCUCCAGAAAAACAAGUCAAGUAUAUAGAAAUGAAAACCAUGAAUGAGAAAUUGUUGCAGGAAUUAGAUACACUUCAGCAACAACUAGAUUCACUGAACAUGAAAAAAGAGAGCUUGGAAUCUGAAAUAGCACACUCCCAGGUAAAACAGGAGGCUGUAUUGUUGCAUGAAAAACUUUAUGAGUUGGAGUCCCAUCGAGAUCAAAUGAUUGCGGAAGACAAAAGCAUGGGAUCCCCAAUGGAAGAGAGAGAGAGAUUACUUAAGCAGGUUAAAGAAGAUAAUCAGGAAAUAGCCAGCAUGGAGCGACAGUUAACAGAUAUAAAAGAAAAAAUAAAUCAGCUUAAUGAAGAAAUUAGACAACUUGACAUGGAUUUAGAAGAACACCAAGCUUGCGGGCUCUCAGUUCCCAGACCAGGGAUCGAAUCGGUUCCUCCUGCAGUGGAAGUGAGGAGCCCUAACCACUGGACCACCAGGGAAUUACCUGUCCUUUUUGAUUAAUGUAGAAAGGCACAAUCUAUAAUGUAAUGUAAUAGUAGCAAAAAAGCAUAUAUAUAUGUACAUAUAAAAAUAUAUGUGAUAUAUAAAUAUUAUGUAUUGUAUGUUCACAUAUAUAUCAAUGCAUUAGUUUUUUGUUCUACUACACUUUGAUCAUCCUGGAUUAUUGGGGUUUUUAUUAGAAGGUCACUUGUUAGUUCAGGACCUCAUUAUUUCUUUCCUGAACUAUUUCAGUAGUCUACUAACUGGUCCCCGACCUCCAAUCUUGCUCCCUGUCAGAUUCAUCCACCACAGUGUUGCCAGAGUGACUUAUGUGAAAUGUGAUUCUGUAUCAUUCUCCACUUAACAGUGGUUCCCCGUGACCUACAAGAUAAAGUUUAAGAAUCUUUGUGUGGUAUUCUAGUCCCUCCAUAAUCUGACCUGUACAUUGUCAGCCUCCUCUCCUACCCCUCAGCAUCUCUAUCCUUACAUUCUAAGAAUAAUAAUAAUAAUCUACCAGUGGUACCUCACACCUCACCCUCUUAUCAUACAUCAAAGGAUUGUUUCAUGCUCAAUCCUUUGCUCCUAUUAUUUGUUCCCUUUUCUUGAAUGUUCUUUUCUCUGUUACUUACUUUACUAACUUUUCAUUUUUUAAGAUCUAGCUCAGGUAUCCUUUCAUAUCCAACAUAGUAACCCUAAUUUCUCUCCCUGACCUAUUUCUGGGCUGGGCUAAGUGAGUGAUCCCCUCUGUUAUCAGAACACACGGCAUAAAUGUAUUGACCACAUUACUUUACCACUUUCUACUUAGGUGUUUGUCUUUUCCCUUAAGCUCUACAUCCUCCAGGACAGGGACUGUGUCUUGUUCACUUUGGUAACCUCUUUCAUCAACACAAUGCCUGGGAAAAUAAACAUUCAAUAAGUCUUUGUGGAAUGAAUUAAACAGUCCUGUAUUUUAUUUAUAUAUUUUUAAAUAAUUAUUAUUUUUUUGGGCUGCACCAUGCAGCUUGUGGGAUUUUUAGUUCCCCAUCCAGGGACUGAACCCUGGCCCUCAGCAGUGAGAGCAUGGAGUCCUAACAGCUGGACAGCCAGGGAAUUCCCAGUCCUGUAUUUUAGAAGGGAAGGAUUUGUAGAAUGAAUUAAAGGUGAGAGUUGGGCUCUAGUCACUUCUUUGGGCCCUCUAGUUCUUAAGAUAUACAAAUGCACUCUUAUCUACAGAGAGAGCUUGAUUAGUUAGCAACAGUUUUAUUACUUUUUAGAGGAUUCCUACCUUCGAUUUAUGAUUUCCAGUAAAGAGGUGGAUUCUUAUCUACAUCUGCAUUCUCAGCAGUCCCUUGACUCAAGAUUGUGGAUAAUCUGCUCCUUAAGAUGUGGAGGAUUAUCAAGUUAUUUUGACUUUCUGGUCCAUACUUAUCUCUGCCCCCAGCUUUAUUCCUUCUGGCCAUUUUAUUAAUUUCUUAGAUGUUACCUGGUUUCUUCCAUUUAUGGCACCUGUGUGUAAUCCAGCUAGGCCACCUUUUGCCUUGUAGGGGUUCUGGUUAACAUAACACUUAAACUGUAAAUGUGUUUGUACAUGUCUGACUUUGUUAGUACUUGCUCCAACCCUUCAGUUUUCAAAUAAACUUUUAAAAGGUUUGCAUAAUUCAUUCUAAAUUUAAAGGCAUCCUUUGAUACUGGUUUAGGUACAGUUAUGUUCUCUGCUAGAUAUUAAUGGUGGUCCUGUAAUCCAACAGC